AUGCUAUCACGCUGCUAUGGGAUAUUUAUCUUGUGUAUCGCCACGGUAGCCGAAGCAUCAUUUUCACCGGUGGGGAGAUGGUGUUCUAUUUGGUUCACGCUAAGUAGCGUUAGCGUGCUACUCACCUUACCGGAGAUCACACACCAAUGGUCGCUCUUAGGACUGAAUCUCUGGUCGAAUCACGCAGGGGAUAAGCCGACGUCUAACGAGAUCUUCGAACGUGACGCGACUCGAUUUUCCAGGGUAAAUACUGCAAGUAAUUCUACAUUGAAAAAAUUGCUGAACUUCUUUCCCGUUCCGGUCGAGGAAGAGUGCCUGUCCGAGGACAAACGACGUCAGGGAAUAUGCAUGAACACAUAUGAGUGCCGUAUUCAGCGCGGGCAAUCUCACGGACCGUGCGCGCUCGGUUUUGGCGUGUGCUGCAUAUUCACGGCAAGCUGCGACAAUGAGGUACAGAAUAAUCUGACCUACGUGACCAGUCCUGGUUUUCCCAACCUCAUCGACCGGCCUAUGAACUGCUCAGUGCUUGUACGGAAAAUCGAUACGGAGGUCAGCCAGUUGAGGAUCGACUUCGUCCAUUUCAACAUUGGUCAGCCAAACGCUUUGACUGGCGUGUGCGACGGCGAUGUUAUGGUAAUUAACAAUAACAGGACGUCUUUCGAACUAUGUGGAUGGAACAGCGGGCAACACGUGUACGUGGACGUGGGCGAAGGCAACGAACCAAUCACUUUAAACUUCCGGCUGCCAAGCGGACUGCAGUCGCGAAUGUGGGAGAUGCGGGUGAUGCAGCUGGGUUUCGAGCAACGUGCACCGGUCGGAUGUCUCCAAUACUUUCACUCACUCAACGGCACACUGAGGACAUUUAAUUAUCUCCCGAACGGCAGAUACCUCGCCGAACGCGAUUACCUAUUAUGCGUACGUCAGGAGAGAGACAUGUGCGGUAUUUCUUAUCAGCCUUGCACGCGAGACUCUUUUCGGAUAGGUCCUAAUAGGUCUCAAGAUCUGUCCAAUACGACCAAUAACACGGUUCCCGCAAUGAUCGCUGCGAACAGCGGAAAUGCCUCUGCGGCUGCCAAUCUAAACGUCGCUUCUGUAAACGGUUCCGGUAUGGACAUUGUCGAGGGAUCGGGAGCAGGAUUAUCUGAACAGGAGAUGACUUUUAUUUCCAACACGAAUUCGGUACCUUCCUUCGGAAGACGGUGCAGAGACAGGAUACUUAUUCCUUGUGAUUUCGAGGAAUUUAUUACGCCGGGAAACAACAUGGCAGGUAUCUGCAAUUUAGAGCGUUGCGGCAGUUCGUUGUGCGGCCGAAACGAACUCGACGCAGAGGGUAACUGCCGAGUCGAGACUUGGACUACUCCCUUUCGCAUAAGGGUAGCGUUUGGUCCGGGUAUUAACAUGGACGGCACGUUGGAAGACAAUGCCGGCAUGUGUCUCACGUACCAACAGUUAGCUUGUAUAGCCUGAGCGUUAUAAUUAUCCCACGCUUCGCAAGGUGCAUAAAGCGCGUAGCGGUACGCUAGACGAUCUAUUAAUGCGGAGACAACUGUCCAACAGAAGAAGGAAGCGUCAUCGACUG